GUCAACUCCGCGUUCAGGACGACCCGAUCGUUCAUUGUGAUCCAGAAAGAAACGCUGAUUAUCCGUAUGACAACAUUUCGCGCCUUUGCUACCGAGACCUAUAGACCAAAGCGCUGAAGAUGUCGGAAAUCAACAUCAACGGGCUGUUCUCGCUGGACGGGAAAGUCGCAUUAGUUACUGGCGGCUCUCGUGGCCUCGGCCUGCACGCCGCAACCGCAUUCCUGCUGGCUGGCGCCAAAACAGUCUUCAUCACCGCCCGCAAAGCCGGAGGCCCCCAAGGCAUUGAUCAGGCCGUCGAGCGCCUCAACAAACUCCCCGGAAUCAAGGGGCGUGCCAUCGGCAUUCCGGCGAACGUUGCCAACACCGAAGAAAUCGAAAAGCUGCGUGAUGCCGUUGCGAAGCACGAAUCCAAGCUGGACAUACUUGUGGCGAAUGCCGGUGCUACUUGGGGAGGGCCGUUUGAGCCCACGCCGGACUGGAGCAGUCAGAAGAUCCUCGAUUUGAAUGUCCGCGGGGUGUUCAAUUUGGCUCGCAUCUUUGCGCCUGUUCUCUCUGCUUCGGGAACGCACCAGGAUCCCAGUCGCAUUAUCGUUGUCUCGUCCGUUGCGGGCACCACCGUCCCCCACGUCGGAGAACAUGGGACGAUCAUGUACACCGUCUCCAAAGCGGCGGCACAUCAUCUCGCUAGGAAUUUGGCUGUGGAGCUGGGGCCGCGGCAUAUCACUACCAACACGGUGGCUCCUGGCUUCUUCCCCAGCAAGCUAGCCAAUGGCCUGAUUGAGAACUUGGGUGGCCAAGAGCAAUUAGAGAUGGAGAACCCGCUGGGAAGACUCGGUUUGCCCAACGAUAUUGCAGGCGUCAUGAUCUACCUGUGUAGUCCAGCUGCAAGCUUCGUCAACGGAGAGUAUAUUUCGCUGGAUGGUGGAGUGAGGUUUGCGGCGGGCAGGCAGUCGAAAAUAUGACUAUGUAUGCUUCGAUAU